AUAAAGAGAGAGAGGAAUAAAAACAAGAGGGAUAAAGAGAGAGAGGAAUAAAAACAAGAGGGAUAAAGAGAGAGAGGAAUAAAAACAAGAGGGAUAAAGAGAGAGAGGAAUAAAAACAAGAGGGAUAAAGAGAGAGAGGAAUAAAAACAAGAGGGAUAAAGAGAGAGAGGAAUAAAAACAAGAGGGAUAAAGAGAGAGAGGAAUAAAAACAAGAGGGAUAAAGAGAGAGAGGAAUAAAAACAAGAGGGAUAAAGAGAGAGGGAUAAAGAGAGAGGGAUAAAGAGAGAGGGAUAAAGAGAGAGGGAUAAAGAGAGAGGGAUAAAGAGAGAGGGAUAAAGAGAGAGGGAUAAAGAGAGAGGGAUAAAGAGAGAGGGAUAAAGAGAGAGGGAUAAAGAGAGAGAGGGAUAAAGAGAGAGAGGGAUAAAGAGAGAGAGGGAUAAAGAGAGAGAGGGAUAAAGAGAGAGAGGGAUAAAGAGAGAGAGGGAUAAAGAGAGAGAGGGAUAAAGAGAGAGAGGAAUAAAGAGAGAGAGGAAUAAAGAGAGAGAGGAAUAAAGAGAGAGAGGAAUAAAGAGAGAGAGGAAUAAAGAGAGAGGAGUAAAACAGGAGGGAUAAAGAGAGAGAGGAAUAAAAAGUAGGAGGGAUAAGAGAGAUUUUCCCUGCCAGAAUUGGUGUCUGGCCAUAGAUCAGGGGGUCUUAACAGAACUUUGCUUUAUUAAGCUCUGCAGAUAAUCUAACUCUGUUGCAUCGACCCGUCACUGCUGUGUCUUGGCAGUGUGUGUGUGUGUGUGUGUGUGUGUGUGUGUGUGUGUGUGUGUGUGUGUGUGUGUGUGUGUGUGUGUGUGUGUGUGUGUGUGUGUGUCCCUUCUGAUCUACUCGUUGGCAGCUGAUAGGGUUUUUAUGAGCCCAUGUCAGGCAAGAGAGGCUAGUGAGCUACUGCCCCGACAGACACGCUGAAACGCGCACACACACACCACAGACUCACACACUCUGUGCCAUUUACAGGCAGUAGAGUGGGUUUCUACUCCAACACGUGCGAACACACACAGACACAUGAGGGUAGGCCCCUUGAUGCAGUCACUCAUACCACCUGAGUGUCUGUGUCAAUAGACAAUCACAUUCUGAGGUUGUAUGUGGAAUCUCCAUGGUGCUCAAAGAUGAACAACUGGACUUAAGUGCCAUGCUACAUUAGUUGACAUGCUGAUGUGCUCAAACAGCAGUUUUCAGAACAGCUGCUGCAUACUUGAUCACAAAAAUCCUUUUGGAUUCUGUCUAUUGGAAAGUGGCAUUCAUUUCUGUGGAUUGAAAGUCAUAAAAUGGUGUAAGACUGACAGCGUAGACACCAAACAACUCUGAGUAUCACUCCAUCAGUGUACUGGGUUAGACUCUUAGAGAGUGAUCCCCUCUGAUCUUCAAUCGCUCCUCUUGCUGCUCUCCUCUGUCUUGUAGAUGAAGGUGUUUCUUGCGCAGUGUCUGCCGCACUGCCUGACAAUGACGGGAGGAAAUAAAACAGGGCGGACGGACAGACAACGGUCACUGAGAGGGAAAGAAAGACGAGCGUGUUUUUGAGUGAGAGACUGAUAAUACAGAGAAAGAGAGAAUGAACCACCGUUGUUGUUCAGACUGAAUCACACCAGAGAGUGUGGACUUGUUAGAGAAACACUGAAAUAACAUUGAACAUCUCAGAUCCAUGAUGGAGCUGGUCCCUAAAACUAAGUACACUCACUUCCGGAGUGAAUCUCUCAGUUCGAAUGACGAUAUCAACUCCAACCCUUUCUCCCUCCCCCCUUCCACCCCCGCAACCCCCCUCACCCCUCCUGGGCUACCCUCCUCCCUCUCCUCCUCCUCUCUCACCCCCAUCCUCCCCCCUUCCUCCCCCCGCCGGGCCGAGAACAGCCCCACCACGCUCUGUUCCUUCUUCCCCAGGAUGGGAGCCCUUCGCCUGGGUGUCUCUGCUACUCUACUCUCAGGCCUCAAGGUCUCCAGCAGGCCUCAGCGGGCUCAAGCCCCCUUGGGGUCUUCAGGGGGUAAUAGUUCCAGCUCUCCCACUCCUCAUCCCCCUCCUUGUCUAACAGCCCCCUCUCCCCCCCAUCGCCCCCCUCUGCAGGAUAUGAACCGGCUGGGUGGGGCGUCCAGGAGGGCGCGGGUGGAGGGGGGGCAGCUGGGGGGAGAUGAGUGGACGCGCCACGGCUCCUUCGUCAACAAGCCCACCAGAGGAUGGCUACACUCAGACCACGUGGUCAGCACCACUGGGGUUGCCUACUCAGUACGGUAUAUGGGCUGUGUGGAGGUGCUACAGUCUAUGAGGGCACUGGACUUCAACACCAGAACUCAGGUCACCAGAGAGGCUAUCUCAGUGGUGUGUGAGGCAGUGCCUGGAGCCAAAGGAGCCCAACGCAAGAGAAAGCCGUCGUCUCGCUGUAUGACGUCCAUUCUGGGGAAACGUAACCUGCAGUUUGCUGGGAUGACCAUCAGCCUGACGGUCUCUACCAGCAGCCUCAACCUGCUGGCCUCCGACUGCAAACAGAUAAUUGCAAAUCAUCACAUGCAGUCCAUCUCUUUCGCUUCUGGAGGAGACCCAGACACAGCAGAGUAUGUAGCAUACGUGGCCAAAGACCCAGUCAACCAGAGAGCAUGUCAUAUCCUGGAGUGUUCGGAGGGCUUGGCCCAGGAAGUCAUCAGUACGAUAGGGCAGGCCUUCGAACUGCGCUUCAAACAGUACCUGAAGAACCCCCCCAAACUGGUCACCCCCCAUGACAGGAUGGCUCCGUUUGACGGUUCAGCGUGGGAGGAAGAGGAAGAUGAGGGAGCACCACCCCCUGCAGAUGUUCCGUACUACAAUAACUUCCCCGGGAAACAACCUCCUCCUGGGGGACUGGUGGACAUGAGGGCCCGCCCUGGGGCUACGCUGCCCUAUGGACAGCCGGGUCAGAAUGAUAUUCACAAGCAGCCGCUUCCCCCUCUACCAAUAGGAGCAAAGGAGGGAGGGCGGGACCUGUGUGAUGACCCCUCAUACGUCAAUGUGGAUAAACCCCGCCCCACAACAGCUGCAGCCAAUGGCAACGCUCACAGAGAUGCGUUCGACAUGAAGCCGUUUGAUGAUUCCCUGGGUGUAUCAGGUCUGGGGGUCUCAGCGGCGCCCCCUCUGGUGGAACAGCUGCAGUGCGAGGCCUGGUUCCACGGCAGCCUGAGUCGCAGGCAGGCUGAGAGACUGCUGACCCGUGAUGGAGACUUCCUGGUCCGAGAGUCAGGCACCACCCCUGGACAGUACGUCCUCACUGGACAACAGGGGGGUCAGCCCAAACACCUACUACUGGUCGACCCAGAGGGAGUGGUACGUACCAAAGACCACCACUUUGAGAGUGUGAGCCACCUGAUCAGUUACCACAUGGACAACAGACUGCCCAUCGUAUCAGCAGGCAGUGAGGUGUGUCUGCAACAACCAGUGGAGCACAGGGCCUGAACACACACACAAAUACAGCAAUGCAACACACACUCUCAGAAACACUACACACAUAAGCAGUGCUGACAACAUUAAGGAAAGCCAAAAAAACACCUCUGUCACUCUUUCUGCCAAAAUCAUUUGUUCUCUGCUUUUCCUCACACCCUCCUCUCCUCCUGGACGACUCACUGUUACCUCCGUGAUCCCUCCUUCUGUUCAUCCUUCUGUCAUCGAGGUCCACUCCCUCCAUCCCUCCAAAGAACGUGGGAGUAACACCUAGGAACACUUUAUUUUCCUUCUCAUUGGGACAGAAAUUAAUACAAUUUAGUAAAAAACGGAGCAUUAUUAAUUAAAUCAUGCCAUAGAAUAAUUCAGAAAUGAUACAAUCAUAGUAAAGGAGGACUAUGGACCUUGGAGGGGAGGAGUGAAACGUAGAGAGAGGGGUGGGGGGGAGAGGUCUUGAUCCAGACAUGGCAGAGGAAACAGUUUCUCUCACCGUCACAGAAGCACUCCAAAGACUUGUCUGAUGAUUGGACUCAUCAGAGAGCUCGGACAUGGACCCUCUAAUCAAAUAUCAGUGGAACACAUGAAUAACCAAACAUGACUGAGAUCAGGCCUCCUGUUAAUAUGCAUAGACGUUUUUGUGUCCACACCAAUCAGGGCCCUCGCUCACCCUCAAGCCACUCCCAUUAAAAUACUUUUCAUCUUUGACCAUUGACCCCCUGAGUGAUACCUGGUGAUGUCACGGAGGACGUCUCUGUAUGCAAAAAGGGGGUUGCUAUGCCAACAACCAUUGUCUCCGUCUGUCCAAAUAUGGACACGGUUUCUUUCCGGCCUCCGAAGGUGGAGUUUGAUAAAAGGAUGUGAUUCAUGCCCAUCCGACAUCCGCCUGUCUGUCUGCAAUGGACUGGUCUCCCUGUCUGUCUGCAUGGGACUGGUCUCCCUGUCUGUCUACAAUGGACUGGUCUCCCUGUCUGUCUGCAAUGGACUGGUCUCCCUGUCUGUCUGCAAUGGACUGGUCUCCCUGUCUGUCUGCAAUGGACUGGUCUCCCUGUCUGUCUGCAAUGGACUGGUCUCCCUGUCUGUCUGCAAUGGACUGGUCUCCCUGUCUGUCUGCAUGGGACUGGUCUCCCUGUCUGUCUACAAUGGACUGUUCUCCCUGUCUGUCUACAAUGGACUGUUCUCCCUGUCUGUCUGCAUGGGACUGGUCUUACCUUUCUGCUCUGAUCAUGACAUAGAAAGUGGACUUGGUUGGACUGGGGCAGCAGAAACCAUGGAGAUGACUCAUACACCAACAUAUACAGUGUGUUAGUCUGUAUCUGUCAUGUGUACCUUCAUUGGGAGUAUAGUGUCUUUACAUAGAGAGGGAUGGAGAGAAGACUGGGAAGGGGCAGGGGGGAGGUUCCACAUCUAGAGAUGUCAUCAGACUUAGACACGAUGUCAUCUGAAAGAGCUCAAAACCAAUUCUACGACGAUGUCACAGUCAACCCAAAUGCGGCUGUCACAAUUUAAUCGGUGCUGUGUUGGAAUCGUAGUUCGGAUUAAUGCCAAUAUUUUCUUGCUUUUCAAUGGAUUUGUUGUUAAUAUCUGUUUGCCUUGACAAUCUAUGGCCAUGUCUCUGUCUGGACGGGUGGGGGGUGGAGAGGUUGGUGGGCAUACUGGAUGAAGUGUGUUUUAAUGCCGAAAACAUUCGAUCCAGAGCAUUCACAGCAUAGAUUUUCUCUCCUCUCCAAAUGUGCUGCAACACUUGGUCAGGAGAUUAGCUUUUAGCAUUAGCAUUAGCGUUAGCAUUAGUGUGUGAUGUGUUUCUUCUCAGCUGACUGCAGGGAAAACUGUUAUCAGCACUGUUCACAACGGAGUCUGGGAGUUUCUUGAACGUUGGUCAGACGUUGGACUUUGACGUGUUGUUUUCCUUGGAAUUAGAAGAUAGUAGAGGGAGAGAAAGUGGAGGAAUCAUCCUCUCCCUCCUUCUCUUCAUGAUAUUUUUUGUAUCUUUUACUCGUGCCUUGUUUCUUCGAUGCAGUCACCUCCCUCCAGUGCAGUCUGUCACCUAAUGUACUGUGCUUAUUGUACAGUCAGUUGAUGUACCUAAUCCAAAUGUAGUGGACCGUUGGAUUCUGUCACAUGGUCUCUCAGGCCAUCAAAGACUCUGAAAAAAGGACACUGACUCUCACCACCCAGGUCCAGUGAUGGCAAUCUGCUCCUCUAUUGCACAUUUGUUCUUACUUCCUGUUGUCACUUGUUGUUGUCACGGUUGCUCGAUGUUGCAGCUCUCAUUGGAGGGAUUUCUACUCCACCUGUAAAUAACAUCAGAUCUAAUUGAUCGGUUUGAGUUCUUUGUUCUGAAAUGAAAGUCUUUAUUGUUUAGAUGUUAUUAAUAACAUGGGUGGGACAGAAAUUUCACAUGUAAUACCCACAGAAUACUUUUCUCUCUGAAUCAAAGUCAUUUUGAUUCUAGCCAAUGAACCAUGUCCAGGUUUUUGAGGGAGGCUGAAACCAAACUGUAAACGUGGAAGUGAAAAGUAAACUGGGAUCUGCCACCUGCUGUUCAAAAUAUUUAUGUCUCAUCAGGAGGGUUGCAAAAUCCCCUGGCUUUCCAGAAAUCCUGGUUGGAGGAUUCAUGGAAUUCCUGUUUAUUCGCUCAAGUAAUUCUAGGAUUAUUUUAACCAGGAUUUCUGGGAAACCGGGGAAUUUGGGGAAAGUUAUCUGAAUUCUGCAACUCUAGUCAUGAGAAAGGGCUCUCUGAGCCUGGACAGGUAACUGUUUUAUUCAUCUUUCUCAUCGUGCUUCUGUGUGUGUGUGUUGUGAGAGAGGAUGUGUGGAUGAUCAGAGUUUAUGGUUGGGAGUGUAGGGGGUUGUGUAGUUCUUACAUGGUGGCACAUGUGCUCUGUGUGAGGCCUUUGCUUCAUUCUGUCACAAACACACAGGAGGGACAGCUGUGUUAGACACCGACUGUUUAAGUGACUAUAGGUCCUGGAUAGGCAACAAGGAAACUAGUAUACAAGCCCCAAGGUGUGUGUGUAAAAGGAAUAAUCUAUCCUCUACAUCAUUUGUGAAGCAUUCUAGCGUUGUCAUUGUUCAUCACAGUUGCCUUUGUUGCAUGGAAAUCAUUUUUUACAGUUUCUAUAUUGUUGUUGUUUUGAUGUACUUUUUGAUUUGAGUUUUGAAAGCCAAAGGGUUAUUUUCAAUUAGCCUUCACAAAUAUUGAUUUUAAAUUUGUACUUUUUACAGUUCUGUUGUAAUACUCUUGUUCUUUUGGGGGAAAAUACAUCUGUUUACAUCUGUAUCUGAAAUCACAGAUUGCAUAUAAAUGCAUAUAUCAUGACUCUUUCUUGGUGAGUUUGGCUUUAAAAUGCAGUUUCUGGAUUUA